AUGGGUUCACUUUCAUAAUUGGCUGAGGGUUUGUCUCCUCUCCCCCCUGCGAAAAGGGGGAUUGCCGAGUCAAACUAGUGCUGUCUACCGCGCAUGCGCACAGGACGCGAUUCGGUUAGCUGUCAGAGUGGAGACUUCUCCCUCUUUUCCCGUGGAUUAAACUCAACGCCCGGCUGCUUCAACGUGCUUGUGACUUUAACGGGACGUUUGGCGGUUUUAAAACGACAAAUAUGUCUUUUGGGAACUUUUCCCGGAGGCUUGAGGAGCUCCGUGAGUGCAAACUUGGACCGUGCUGUCGUUACCAGACGUACAAACCAGCCGCUGACGUCACGGACUUUGUUUUCUUUAAAUAAAGUUGGCACCGUCGAAAAAACUAUUAUUAUUUUUUAUUAUAUAUUUUUUAAGUAUUUAAAAAUUAUCCUAAUGUGAGUAACUAUUAACUAUGUCAGAUACUAGAACGACUCGGGUAGUGUAACAAAAAAUAUAUAUAUAUUUAAAGGAGCCAGGUAACCAGGUAACCAGGUAACCAGGCAGCUCGGUUGCUAUGGGCAACCGCGGGAUGGAGGACCUGAUCCCAUUGGUCAACCGGCUCCAGGAUGCCCUGAGCGGCGUCGGGCAGAGCUGCAGCCUCCACCUGCCUCAGAUCGCCGUGGUGGGCGGCCAGAGCGCCGGGAAGAGCUCCGUGCUGGAGAACUUUGUGGGCAGAGACUUCCUUCCACGUGGUUCAGGAAUUGUCACUCGCAGACCUUUAAUCCUCCAGCUGCUCAGUGCCAACACAGAGUACGGUGAAUUUUUCCACUGUAAGGGGAAGAAGUUCACAGACUUUGAUGAUAUUCGCAAAGAGAUCGAGGCCGAGACAAACAGACUCACAGGAUCCAAUAAAGGCAUCUCUCCUGUCCCCAUCAGCCUACGGAUUUAUUCACCACACGUGCUGAACCUGACUCUCGUGGACCUGCCCGGCAUCACCAAGGUGCCGAUAGGAGACCAGCCGGCGGACAUAGAGUACCAGAUACGAGACAUGAUCAUGCAGUUCAUCUGUAAGGAAAACUGUCUCAUCCUGGCUGUCACGCCAGCAAACACCGACCUGGCAAACUCUGAUGCACUCAAACUGGCCAAAGAUGUUGACCCACAGGGCCAGCGCACAAUUGGCGUCAUCACUAAGCUGGACCUGAUGGAUGAAGGAACAGAUGCCCGGAACAUACUAGAGAACAGGUUGCUCCCCCUACGCAGAGGUUACAUAGGGGUGGUGAACCGCAGUCAGAAGGACAUUGAUGGGAAAAAGGACAUUAAGGCAGCCCUGCACGCAGAGAAGAUGUUCUUCCUGUCCCAUCCGGCCUACAAACACAUGGCCGAAAGUACGGGAACCCCGUAUUUACAAAGAAUACUAAACCAGCAACUGACCAACCACAUCCGGGACACUCUGCCAGCCUUCCGUAGUCAUCUGCAGAGUCAGCUCCUGGACUUGAACAAAGAGGCUGAGGAGUACAAACAGUACCGCCCUGAUGACCCCGCACGCAGGACCAAGACUCUGCUCCAGAAUGUUCAACGCUUGGCCGUCGACUUUGAGAAGCUUAUCGAGGGCUCGGGCAACAAAGUAGACACCGCUCAUCUGUCAGGAGGUGCUAGGAUCAACCGAAUCUUCCAUGAGCGCUUCCCUUAUGAACUGGUCAAGCUGGAGUUAGAUGAGGGGAAGCUGCGACGGGAGAUCAACUACGCCAUCAGAAACAUCCACGGUGUCAGGACAGGUCUGUUCACUCCUGACAUGGCGUUUGAAGCCAUAGUAAAGAAACAGAUAUCAAAUUUAAAGGGUCCGUGUACUAAAUUUGUCGACAUGGUCAGCCAAGAGCUCAUCACCACGGUGAACCAGUGUAUCAACGAGCUCAGUUCUUUUCCCAAACUACAAAAUGAGACGGAGAAAAUUGUAACCACUGAAAUACGAGAGCAAGAGAGUAGAUGCAGGGAUCAGGUCUUGUUGCUCAUUGACAUGCAGCUUGCUUACAUAAAUACCAAACAUGAAGAUUUCAUCGGCUUCACUAACGGCCAGCAGACGUGCAAGCAAAGCAAUAAGAAGACUGUUCCAGUGAUGGCAGGAAACCAUGGUGUGGCCCCUCCUUCAAGACUAAUAGUGAUUCGUAAGGGCUGGCUGACCAUCAGCAACAUCGGCAUCAUGAAAGGCGGAGCCAAGGAAUACUGGUUCAUCCUCAGUGCAGAGAGCCUGUCCUGGUUCAAGGAUGAUGAGGAGAAGGAGAAGAAGUACAUGCUCCCCCUGGACAACCUAAAGCUCAGAGAUGUGGAGAAGGGCUUCAUGUCCAGCAAAUUUGUCUUUGCUCUCUACAACACAGAGUUAAGGAACGUGUAUAAGGACUACAAGUGCCUGGAGUUGGCCUGUUACUCUCAGGAGGAGUUGGACAGCUGGAAGGCGUCUCUGCUGCAGGCCGGAGUUUACCCCGACAGAGUCACCGUGGACGAGCAGGGAAAUGGAUCUCCAGAGAACUUCUCUGACCCCCAGGUGGAGCGUCAGGUGGAAACCAUCCGCAGCCUGGUCGACUCCUACAUGAGCAUCAUCUACAAGACCUUCAAGGACUUAAUGCCAAAGACCGUUAUGCACCUCAUGAUCAACAGCGUGAAGGAGUUCAUUAGCUCCGAGCUGCUGGCCCAGCUCUACGCUCUGGGAGAAUGCUCGGCGCUGAUGGAUGAGUCACCGGAGCAGCAGCGGCACCGGGAGGAGGUGCUCCGCAAGCACGCUGCCCUGAAGGAGGCGCUCGCCGUCAUCGGGAAGUUCUCCACCUCCACCUGCACCACCCCUCUGCCUCCACCUGUGGACUCCUCCUGGAUACAGCCCCCCAGCCCGACACUCUCUAAGAAGUCCGUGACCAAGCCGGUGGUUCGAGGCCAUGCCCCAUCUGCCCCUCGGGUGCCCGCAUACGCCGCCUCCCAGAGCAACGAUGGCCUUCAUCAGCUCUCUGGCCCACCCAACCGCGCUCCACCUAGCGUGCCAAGGAGGCAUCCUCCAGCUAUCCCAAAGGUGAAAUAACGAUCCUUUCUGCUCAGAACUCCAUUACCCAUCUACCCCCCAGUGAUGCUUCCAGCUGCAGCUCACUCCUGCACAGAGACACCCAUGACCUGUGUGAUGUGUAAUCCAGCUGAAGCACUAUGCUGGCCUUCUCUCGUCUCCUCUUGGGAGCUGCUGUCUGCAGAAACUCACUGAUCCUUCCGUCUGUUUUGUACAUAAUAUCAUCGGCCAUAAAAGCCGGAAUGUGCUCGACUGUCUGCCGACUUUCCUCAAGUGCCUGAACUUUAUGUAAAUAGAAAUACCAAUUUUGAGUUAUUCUACCUAAAGAGAAUACAUAUGCACUAUUUUCACUGUUUUAAUAA